AUGAAGGAAGAAUUAAGUAAGCCAGCGCUGGCCACCAAUGAGUGUGUCAACAUUGGGGCCCAAUUAUUAUUAUUAUUUAUUGUUACAGGGGCGUGUUCUCAGUACGGGGACGCGGAGCACAUCACUGCCAUUCUGGGGGAGUCGGUCAUCCUUAACUGCCCCGUCUCCCACCCUAAGGUGCCCCACAUCAUCCAGUGGAGGAGACAGCACCAAAAAAUUCCCAUUUACAUAUGGUAUGAUGGGUAUGACCCCCAUGUGGAAGAAAAUUAUAAGGGUCGUGCAUCACUGGUUUCUCCAGACACAUCCUAUGGGCUGGCCUCACUCAACCUCACUUCAGUCAGGGAGGACGACCAAGGCUGGUAUCAGUGUAAUGUUUUCUACCUCGAUCGCAGCGGUGUUGAAAAUGGUACCUGGAUACACCUCGAUGUUCAUGCACCACCUCGAUUUACCACAACUCCUGAUGAUGUUACCUAUGUCAAUAUUGGUGACUCCAUCAUUCUUAAUUGUGAGGCUGAGGGAACUCCAAAGCCCGAGAUCUUCUGGUUCAGGGAUAAUGAACCAGUCGACCCUUCAGAAACUGUGGGCAUCUUCAAUGAUGGUACAGAGCUUCGAAUUAACAAAAUACGUGACCAAGACAUCGGAGACUAUGUGUGUGUGUCGCGGAAUGCUGAGGGAAGAGUUCAUCAUGAAGCCAAAGUUGUUAUUGCAGGUGGGGCGGUGAUUGUAACGCCACCUCACAACCAGACACGCCAGGAAGGGGAGAAAGUUGAAUUUCCAUGCGAAGCAAAGGCUCUUCCAGGAAAUGUGACAGUUACCUGGAAAAGAGAAGGCGUCUCCAUUGAUAAGCUUUCCUGGUUAGAUACUCGAUCUAUUAUCAGGAGAGAUGGUACACUCAUUAUUAAUCCAACAAGUGCGGAUGACGGUGGCUUUUUCACUUGUGAAGUUUCCAAUGGAAUUGGAACACCUCAGAAAGCCACAGCCUAUCUUAAUGUUGAAUACCCUGCACGUGUAACAUAUACACCAACUGUACAGUACCUUCCCUUUAGACAACAAGGUAUUAUUAAGUGCUUUAUAAAGAGUAACCCACCAAUCCAGUUUGUUACUUGGAUCAAGGACAAACGACUCUUUGAUGUUGAAAAUGAGAGCACAGUUGUCAAGCUUAAUAAUGGCUCACUACUGAUAACCAAGGUAAACCAGUCACACCAAGGUCGCUACAGCUGCACACCUUAUAACCGUCAUACGACAGCAGGAGCAUCAGGCGACAUGGAAGUAUUAGUUCGUGAUCCACCCGUGUUUGCCCCACGACCUCAGCCACAAUACCAUGGCCAAGUAGGCGAGGAAGUAACCCUUGUCUGUGGGGGUCAAGGAUCACCAACUCCAGAAGUCACUUGGAAGAGGCGUGAUGGUCAGAAUUUGCCUCGAGACCGUACGCACAUUGUAGGUGGCAACCUUACCAUUCGAAACCUUCGCAAAAGUGAUCAUGCAUAUUAUGAGUGCAUGGUUAGUAAUGAGAUUGCUACCUUAGUAACAGCAACACAGCUACUGGUGGAAGGCACAACACCACACCCACCAUAUAACAUCUCAACUGAAACCCAGCCUUUUAGCAUAAAGUUGUCUUGGCUCCCAGGUUACCCAGGGGGAAAAGAUUGGGAGCAGCAGUAUACCAUAUGGUACCGAACUUUAGGGUCUCGAACUUGGUCACAAAUUGACGUCAAGCCACCUGGGAGCACCAGUGUCACCAUUUAUAAUCUAAUCCCAGAUCACACCUAUGAAAUUCAAGUGCAGGGAAAGAAUAUGCUGGGGGAUGGCAUGUUUUCUGAUAUUGUGACAGCCACCACAAAAGGUAGUGGAAAUCGUGUACCGUCAACUGGGACUCACUCGUCGACAGUUGAAACUUCUACAACACCUGGUCCCGUUUAUGAUUAUAGCAUGGUUGUGUUCCCUACUGAUUCUUCUGGCUCAACAUAUGUUCCAACGAUAUUGAACCCCACAGGCCCUCCGCCUUCACCCCCACGGAAUGUGUCGAUUAAGAAGGUAUCGGAUGCGGUGGAUGGAUACGUUAUCUCCUGGCUGCCACCUCUUGAUAUGAACAUUCCUGUCGCCUACUAUGACAUCGAAUAUCGAACAGAUGGAUCAUGGAAGAAGCUCAAUGAUGAUAAUAUUUUAGGAGAAACUUCCUAUAGAGUCAGGAAGCUUCAGUCAGGAAAGAAAUACCACUUCCGUGUAUUUUCCAAGACACUCACCAGUUAUGCUCCAUCAGAGGAGGUUAUGUUUAUUGCUCCAGUGCAUAACAAGGAAAAGGCAAUAACUGCAGCACUAGUAGGUGGAAUACUGUUUUUCAUAGUUGCCAUCAUUUUGUCGGUUUGUACUGUCAAGAUCUGCAACAAACACAAGAGGAGGAAGCAAGAGAAAGCCUACAAUGCAGUGGCCUGCCGGGUUACUGAGCCGAGAAACGGUGGUCACGGGUCCAGCCCUGUGCCAUUGAAAAAGUUACUACGAUGCGGCAUACCAGGUUUAAGGUGGGAGUGGGCAUGGGUGGCAGGCGUUCUGCUCGGAGGCCGACUCCUAGAUUCAACAGACAGUAGGCCCUUAGACACUAGUGCUGCAACUCAGGACAUUAGCAGCACAGGGCAAGAUACAGCUGGAGGUUCUGCAGAUGAUGAUUAUCGUGAAUAUGGUGUACAGCGUGGACGGCAAUUCCCUCGAGACGUCCGAUACUCUGUUCAGCUGGAGUAUUCACAACCCCUUAGUUGGAUUUCCCGCACUACUGAUGGUCGUUUUGUGCUGGACAAGGACAGUGAAGAAGGUGGUUUUACAUCACCAAGACGACCUACUCGAAGUGUUGGUGGAAUACCAAUUGUAGAUCAAGGGCAAGUCUCUUCUAGGUGGGUUAGAGAUGAAGUAGGGGUAGAGAGUGGUGUUUAUCAUGUACGUGCUGGCACAGCUAGUCGCCUCCAUCACCGUCAGCCCCUUCCUCCUCGUCUUAGUUUACGCUCAGAUGGCUCUGGUGCCAGUACACAUGAAGAGCCACGUGCAGGAGGUACACGAAUAGAUAGACCCAUUGGAAGAGUGACUGCACCUGAUUCACAGAUAUCUCCUGUAUCUCCAGAGUUUGGUAGGCAUGUUAUACCAGAAAGCCCCGGUGACAUUGUAUGGUCUCCACGUUCCAGACGUUUUAGAGCAUCUUCUCCAGGGCCAUUAAGUUCAGAAUGGAGUCAAUUGGCACAAUUAGCAUCAUUCAGUGAAGUGAGCAGUGUUCAGCAACCAUCCAGUGUAGAGCGUUCAUUUCCCUCCACCGUACUUUCAUCAUUCCCUAAUUCAGCACAAGGAACACCAUCUGCUCAUGGGGUCUCGGCAACUAUGACACCACCUCAUGGAGAUGCUGUACGAGUGCUUCAUCGCUAUCCUCGUCAACUGCCACCACUGUCCACCUCUCAGUUACACCCAGGUCGCCUUUUAGUAGGAGCACAGGUUCAUUCUCCUCCAUCGCGCUUUCACCCACAGUUACAGGCCUGGGCAGCAACACCACAUCCUCCACUGGACUCAGCCUGGACUACUCCUCGCCGCCCCACACAUGUGUGGCCCACAACCCGCCCAGUGAGCCAUCCUACACAUCAAACUGGUCGACCAGAGCUGACAGUGUUGGAGUCUGGCCAGCAUGUACAUUCACCACCACUGGUACGGGAAGGCCUUGUGGUGCGGGAGGCACUAGGUCAUAUCCAGCCUCCACGCAUACCAGACAUCCCACGCCAUUAUGUAAACCUUCCUCCGAGACGUGACGCUUAUCAACGAAUACCGGGGCGGGACCCCCCCUAUUUGCUCAAACCUUCUUCCUCGGAGAAUCAAAAGCCGCUGGCCACAAGCUCGCCCCCCCGCCCACGUGCUAUUCAGGGCCAGCAAAGGGCCCAGGGGAUGCCCAGGCCACGACCGCUGCCUCCCCCACCCCCUACCAGUACAAAGACCAGAGUACCUGACCCUUUGCCUAGAGCAGUGGGUAGGACACGAGAUAGUGAUUCCAGUAGUGACCAGCCUGUGACAUACACUCGUGAACGUUUGCAGGAGGCCAUUGGGCGGGUACGUAGUGGCCUUUUCGGAGAGGCACCACUAACGAGUAGUGCCCCAGAAUUAAGUUCUGCAGGACGUUCAGAGACUAGACAUACUUCUAGCCGACAUUCUGCUGCAAGGCACACUGGUGGUAUUAGUGCUCCAGAAAGUCGUGAGCAAUCACAUGAACAAUCUCAGGAGCAGUCUCCUGACUCAUCUAGUGGGUUUGGUAGUAAAAAUACAUCUCAACAGCAAAGUUCAUCACAGUCAGGGCAGUCACUGUCAGCAUUAGGUCUUGAUUCAUCACGUCUGGAAACCUCAGAAGUCACAGAAACUAUAGAAGCCCCAGAUUUAUCACCACCAGCUCCACCUGCCUGGCUCUUAGCAGCUCCUCGUGGUCGCCCAACACCUUGGAUGCGUCCACCACAUCCCCCUCCAUAUGAGGAGUGGGCUGCACGCCAAGUGUUGCCCCAAUUUCGUAUGCCUUCUCUCACAGGACCACGGCAUUCAACCGUAAAGGUAGGAAUGGUAGGACGGCGACAACGGCUUGGAUCAACUGGAUUGGAUGCUAGUGUUGACUCUGGUAGCUCAGUUAAGGUGUCUCCAAGACCUCCACCCGUCACCGUACCCGUGGCUGCACAGCAGCCACUAGAUAUAAGUGUGGAUGACCACUAUGAGUUUGACACAGUGCUGAGUCCCACACCUGGGGAGGAUGCAGCUGCAGAGUGGUCAAGAACCCGUGUUCCAUCAGGCGAGCGUGGCCUCAGCGACUCUGAGAUCUACGGGUCAGGUGGGCGGCGGCGCCACGAGUCAAUGGAGGCACGUGUUGCUGCAAUGAAACAGGAAUUCAAUGAAUACAGAAGAAGACAGGCACGUCGCCGACGUAGUAGAGAACUGGAAAGUGUGUGUUAAUGGGAUCUGAAUCAGAACUUGAAGCAAUUAUCAAUGCAAACAGUAAAUGAAAAAUCAGUCCCAUUAUAGUGUAAGUGUAUAAUGAAGUGACAUUCAGUGACAAGUCUUUCAAGUGUUGAGAGUUGAGAAAGGCUCGCUAGGCGCCGCAGCCAUAACCAGUAAUACUCACUAUACUGACGCUGCAGAUGCUGCGUCUCAAGAACUGUGCAAAUUGUUGAAUUUUAUAUAUUCCUAUUGGAUCUCUGUUUCAAAAAAUUAUCUUAACUUUGUAUUGUAGUUAGAGAAGUCCUUUCAUGUGAUAACUACAAUGCCCAUAUGACACGUUCAAGCAAAGUAUGAAGCACAAUUUCUGUCUCCACUGCAUCACCUUCACUCUUGGGAACAAUCAGACUGUCACCUUUAGAAGGAACUUGUGAUUCCUCCUGUUCAUCUUGUACUUGUACAUUUUCUUUUUUUUUCCUUCUUUUCUUUUUUUAACAUUCAAUCAUAUUGGUUACAAACCUGCUCUUAAGGAUUCUUACACACAAAAAGUAUAUCUCCCAUCCUGUAUCUAUUUUCCAGAGGUGCUUCCUUAAUUGGUUUUCAAAAUACUGUUACUAACUGUUGGUGUAAUUUAAUUUUCUUGCUUAAUAUCUGGUAAUAAAGUUAUUCUUCUCAGCU